CUGCAAAACAAAAAUUAAAUGUGGGUUUAAAAUCAACGUAAUGUUGACAUUAUUCACUGAAUAUAUUUGAUAGUGUGUUAUUUCAGUUAUAUUAAGUUCAGCAUAUUUGUCAUCGUGAGUCGUUUGUCUUGAUUUCCCCAUAUACACCCAACCUAUAUUAUGUUUCGUGCUGCGUUCACUGACAGGUGGCGUUGCGAAAAUGUUUACAAGAUGGUGGCAAGGAAAAUUAGCACACGAGAAUCGCUGAGUGAAACCGGGCAUUAGCAGAAAUUUACAUUCUUGAUGAUGAGGUCUACCUAGAAAGCUGAGAAGAUUUGUUUGGAAAUAAUUCUGCCUCAAGACUUCAUCUACUCCAGUUGUAGAUACAUACAGUGAUUAAUCAAAAUGGCAGGCGAGGAAAGCAUACAAUCUUCACCUGUAUCUCCAAGACCUCAAGCCAGGUCCUAUCGAGCUUAUGUUGAACAACAGAGGGUGUUAGCCCUGAAACGAGAGGAUCCUGAUGGACCUAAGUUGUGGCGGCAGAUGGUGAUAGGAUUCAUCUGUGCUGCUUGUGUUGGCUUCAUUAUGUUCAUUCUUGGAAGUAUCUUCAUAUCAGAAGCCAUUUCCUUGAAGUAUUCUGCAACAAUCAUGUUGUGUGUCAUGGGCAUGGUUUGUGGUUUGAUAAUUGUCGUUGGUACAAUUAUCCUGGGCAAGUUGUUUAUAUCAAGAAAGUGGAGGAAGUCUCAAGGGAGGGAACUCCAGCAUCCUCCAGCUGCUUGCUUUCAUACAUGUUCAGUUAUCUACACCCCAUCCCAAGAUCAACUGACCCAGGUAGGGUGUGGUGAACCGCCUCCCGCUUACGACUCCCUUGUACUGAUGCCCCUCCCUCCUGGUCACCCUCGAGUCAUCUUGGACUCGGAUGGAGGAUCGGAAUCUGACCCAACAAUUAUGGUCCUGCCUCCCAAGUACGAUGACAUAGCUGAUCCCCUGCCGCCUUACAUAGAGGACAGACCUUGAUGAUGGUCUGUUACGGAGCUGGGAGACAUCACUGAUCUGCUGAGAUUUCAUAGGGCCACUUGGAGAACCUAUGUGUUUGUCCUUGUAUUGCCACGGGUGGCCCAGUUGUCUAAGUUGCCGUGAUUCGCUGUGCAGAGUUGUGUCCACUUGGGCCAGAAACCUAUGAUUGUGGGCUCUAAUCCCGCUUCGCCCCGAUUAUGUUUCUAGGUUUUUC